UGUAUAGAAAUAUUGAAAGCAGACCCUUUUGGCGGAUUUCAAACAACUGCAAAAGUCGUUUGAGAACGAGGAUAUCAAGGCAAUAAUGCAGAACCAAUCUACUACAUAUCCUAGUACUUCCAAGAAGAAGAUACCGACGAACAUCACCGUACCAAUUGCCAGCACCACUGCUAGGAGCAGCGUACCAGAAUUAAGCGCCCAGCCAGCACCAAUAUUUAAUGUUUAUGAACCCGGCCACGUCAACGAAAAUAUUGAUAACCAGAAAAUAUGUAAGGACGGGGGGGCUUUUUUAAAGCUGCUUAUUCUUAUAACCUCAGCACAGGCCCACUUUAUGGCGAGAAUGUCAAUCAGACACACAUGGAUGCACUAUGGAAGCAGGCGAGAUGUCGGCAUGGCCUUUGUCCUCGGAAGCAGCACAAAUGAGACCCUGAACGAGGCGCUCAACCAGGAGAACUAUAUUUAUGGCGAUAUGAUACGUGGCCACUUCAUAGACUCUUACUUCAAUCUCACUCUGAAGACGAUCUCGAUGCUUGAAUGGGUAGAUACGCACUGUCCCCGUGUGAAGUACAUCCUUAAGACAGAUGACGACAUGUUCAUCAAUGUCCCCAAACUACUUGCCUUCAUAGAUGGGAAAAAGAACUCUCGAACCAUCUACGGCCGCUUGGCCAAGAAGUGGAAGCCAAUACGAAGUAACAAUUCGAAAAAUUUUGUGUCUGACAAACAAUAUGGGUACAGCGUUUAUCCACCAUUUACCACCGGACCUGCCUACCUUCUCACUGGAGAUACGGUACAUGAUCUAUACGUUCAUUCGCUCAGAACGUAUUAUUUUCAUCUGGAGGAUGUCUUCAUGACGGGUUUUGUGGCCAAUCGCUUAAAGAUUAAGAGGGUUCAUAGCGGCUACUUUCGCAACCGCCGCAUCUCGUUGCAUCCUUGCAGCAUCCGCCACACGAUCAGCGCCCAUAUGAUCAGAGAAAGUGAACAAUACGAUCUUUGGAGGAAGCUGAUGGCCUCGACUGUCAGGUGUAAGGCAACUGCAUUGUAUCAAAAUUUCAAAACAUUUACUACUCGCAUUUAGUCGACAGAAUUGUAAUAAAAUCGGAAGUGUCAAUUAAAAAAUGUAAACAACUUGUUGAUAUCUA